AUGCAACAUAUGGAAUUCGAUGGAUCACUAAAUCCUUCAAAUAGAUCAAAACGUGCUGUUAAUAUUACAGUUAGUACUAUUUCAAUUCUAUUAGGAUUAUCGUGUCUUGCUGGAUUUGUUAUAACAUCUGUUAAAUUGGAUUUAUCUACUGAUCUACUCAAUAACUGUAAAGCUGAUACGGAGCCGACUGCACUUUGUUACAUACGUUCAAUUAUUAAUAAUAAUUUUUCUACAGAAUGGAAUCGUUACAUAAUUAUUUCACUUUUAUUAACAUAUGCAAGUGUUUUUUAUCAUACAAUUAUUGAAACAAGUCGAACAGAUCUUUCUGGACUUCUCGGGCAAAUGAUAAUUCAAACAGUAUGUUUUAUCAUUGGCAUUGGGCCUUAUUUUUCCAUAUUAUUUAUUCCUUCGUAUCUGCGAUUUUAUACAUCAAAGAAAAAAUUAAGUAAAUCAUCUGUUUCCAUUGAAUUGGUGUAUGUGGGCCUUAUAUACGUAAUUGUAGCCAUUAUAGUUCCAACAUAUAUUAUAUAUUUUUUCUCAUCAAAAACACGGCUCGCUUCUAUAAUGUCGAUCAUUCUUCUUGUAUCUCCACUUGGCUUUCCUCUUAUAUCAAUACCAUUUCGUUUCUGUUCCGAAUUUAAUCAACGUUGCUGGUGUAUCGAGUUUCGUCAACUUAUUACUUGUUGCCAAUUAGUACUAGUUAUUUUAACAGCUCCACUAUAUUUUAUUGUAGUUGUUUCUAUGAUCUUGCAUUGGUCGUCUGACAUGAUUAAAAAAAGUUAUGUAACUGAAACAUCAAAUAUGGCCAACCCAUUAGCAAUCAUUUGGUCUCUUGAUUAUGUAUCUUUGUUGAUUGGUCUUAUUUUAUUUUUAAUCGCAAAUGAGCAUUUAUUUCCCAGUAAUAGGAAUGCAAUUCAUCCAUCAAAAAUCAAAAUCCUGAUUGUUAAUUUUAUAUUGGGUCUUUUUUUUAUUAUUUCACCAUGUUUGACAUUUCCAAUAUAUAUUGCUUGGACAGCAUAUCAACCUGCUGACGAUGAAUAA